AGUACGCAUGCUUUCGGCGCUACUGAAGGGGGCAGUGUCCGGGUCGUGCCCAUACGGUGUGCCGAUCGAACAAUAAAGUUGUGAGGUCAAAUCGACCUUAUCUCUAUUGCAUCGUUGUUUGAGAGGAGUGCAUGGUCGACUGGUCAUUUUGACUCACCCGUGAGCUGUGCAACACUCUGGAUAGUAGGGCAUGGGCGACAUGGCGUUGUACCACUCCUCCCUAAUUGAUGCAUGUUUUCUGUUAUUUUAAUACGUCCACUUUCCCUCCUCAUCUACUCCACGGCAUACACUCCCUCUUCACAUGAAUUGGUUAAUCAACAAUUCUCCAUUGGGAGAGCCUUAAACUCGUCAUUGGUAUCUCAGAGUCAGUUUGCCCCAUUUUCAUAUCAACACUGGAAAAAAAACUAUUUUCCUUAACCGUGUAUCCCACUGAGAAACAAGUCAAAAAAACUGCAUUAUCGUUCGGAUAACGCCUCCCUUGGAUCCCUCCUGCCCAGCUCCCACCUACAUGUCAAAUCAACUUAAACUGCUGCCCUGCUUGAACUCUCUAUACGCUAGUACCUCAAAGUUGUAUAUAACUCAACCAUCCCUACCUCGUUCUCCUACACACCAACGUCAUGGAUCACAAUGCCGACGAGACGGAUGCUCUGUUCACCGGCGAAGCCAUGAUUGUUCCCCCCGCACGCUCAACUGCCACUACCGUCAUCCCCGCUCAUCCAUCCACUCUCAGGCCUAUGACAAUUAAGCAGUUGUAUGAUGGAUUCCUGGAGGACAUAGAGCGUUACCCUAUCGUAGUUGACGGAGACACCGUGUCAUCAGUGAUCCUGAUAGGAACUGUUUCACACUCUACUGUUCGAAUGAAUCACUGGUCCUUCGAUCUACAGGAUGCCACAGGGUUAAUCAACAUAUCUUUCUGGCCGGAAACAACUUCCGACUUUAAACUUGCUUGGUCAUCAAGCAAUGGCGACUAUGUUCAACUAUUUGGCAAACCUGCCAUGAAUGACAGAUUCCUUUAGAUUAAAGCUUUCAAGAUCAGGUUAAUCGAAAACUACAAUGACACCACGCACCACUACUUGUAUACCAUACACACCACAUUAGACAUUCGUAAGAGAAACACCCACAAGGCAAGAAUGGAACCUGACUCCACAGCAUCAACUGUUUUCCCAAAGGGGCCGUCAAUUACCCCGUCGGAGGUGCCCUUGCAUUCGUCAACAAAGGACAAGAUAUUUGCCAUCCUGCGAGACCCAGCUUACCGGACCAACAGUUAAAACAUAAAGUUCCAUGAUCCAUCCAAAGGAUAACUCCAUUUUUUUCUCUCAUUUGCCCUAACACAGCGAUAUUCAGCAUGGCGUUAGCUUGAAGUUAAUCCGUAGUGCACUGGACAUCAGCCAGGACGAGAUAAUGCAAGUCAUUACAGAGCAAAUCUACAUUGGGAUGAUAUACACAACUGUUGAUGACAACCACUUCAAGUCCUCCAUCUGAAUUGGUCAAUUAUCCCUGUGUUAAUUAUUAGAGCUAAAUAAUGUACUUGAGUGUCAGACAUUUAUGGUUAAGCCAUUAUGUGGAUUUUCAGUUAGACCUAUCAUGAUUGUAAUAUUUAUUUCAUCACUUUAGCAAUUCUCUCAGUUAUUUUAUUAUGUGGUUUCCCUUUCCCAAUUCUCUCGGUUAUUUUAUUAUAUGUGGUGUCCCACAUCAACACUUUAUUAUCUGGUGUGCCAUAUCAACACCUUUUUCCUGGCGCACCUGCUGGAUAGGUGCCAGUGUGCCACCCUUACACCCCAUACCACUCUUCUUCCCCAAACUAACAUCUGUCGUUCUCUAUCCACCAUGGACAUUGACCAGAUAGAUUUUUCAUCUAGCUUAGAUAACAAUAUUUUGAGUGAGAUUUUCAUCAGGCUAGGAUGCACUAGAUCCCUUGUUCGUAGUUCUGUAGUGAGUCCUAGAUGGUUUGAGAUCUGUACCUCCCAGCAGUUCAUCAUGGAGUAUGCUCGCCGCAAUGCUCCAGCCGUCCUCGGAUUCAUUGCUGCAUUCGAGCGCCUCUUCGAGCUGCACGUACGUCUUGUGGAUGUCGUUGCUUCCCCUCCUGAUCCAGGACAAGCUGCUCUGCUUGCUAGGGUUGACGUGGCAACCUUUGCCAUGGAGAACAUCCUUGCAUCUGAAGCAGGUGAGUUGCUCGUCUUGGUCAGAGGUCUCGACGGCGGGUUCUUCUCUGUCUGUCCAAAUCCUCCAUUUUCUCGGUCAUUCUUAGCCCCUAGAAUGCCUAGAGUCCCCCUGUUCCAACAUCAGCACACCCCUAAUUUAUAUGGUCAAUUUGGUGUCAUUCUCAUUGACAGCAGGCCUAAUUUUUCGUUCUUCGUUAAGCAAGCAGCAGGCCCUUUUGUCCGUUCUUAUUCUGGUUUGAGUUUCAGUUCAGUUGCUGACCUAUAUGUCCAUGUUUGCAUCCUAAAAAACAACGAAUGGUCACGCUUUGUUUCCCCACCGCUUCGAACUCCUCCUGGUAAUGAUGGACCAUUGUUCCAUUGGGAUCCAUACUAUCUCCUAGUUGGUUCCAAUCUAUACAUGAUGUAUGUGGUAGGAUUUGUGGUUUGCUUCAACAUAGAUACUUUUGUCUUCUCCACUGUCCAGUUCCCUGUAAGUGUCACUUCCUGCUUUGAUUACCACAUCUCUAGGAGCAGUUCAGGUAUCAUAUCAUUUGUUCACAGUGACAAUCUAUCACUUCGCACAUGGAGAUUAUCAUCACGAGAGCAUGAAGAAACAGCAUGGUUUCCUAUGUCAGAGAUAAACCUUGCAUCAUCCUUUGGAAGCCGAUGUCAGCAUCCCAUGUGGCGUCAAUUAUUCCUUGGAGUUGAUUUAGACGAUGGCAUUCAUUCUAUGCAAAUCAGCAACUCAAGCGGCAACGUACAUGAGGUGCAGUACCUUGAUGAAGAUGGCGCUCUAAGGUCUAUUGUUUCUCUUACAGAGCAUUGGCCACCAGUGGUUAAUAUGCCUAAUCAUGAUGCACCAUAGAGAUAAACAUGGCAAUGGCCGUGACACUUGUGUAUCUU